UAUAAUUUUAAAUUAUCAUAAAUGUUGCUUGCGCAGUUUGAGUGUAAUGCUUUGCGUUGCUCUCGUCUGAGGCCUGUAAAUAUGAUGAAGGAAAACUUGCUUCCUGCUUAUAUUGGAGAUCAUAAUGCUCGAGUAACGCGGGCACGAGCAGCUGCCUUGCGUGUAUCUAGCAAAAUGUUGCCUUUGAGGGAAACAAGACAACAAGGCCAGAAGCGAAUUUUGCAAGCAAAAUCUAAAAGAGCAGCCUUGGAUGAGAACAGCACCAGUACUAUUGAUAAUGCAGUCAUUCCUCCUAAGAGGAGAGCCGUGCUUCGAGACGUUACGAAUGUUAGCUGUGAAAAUUCAUAUAGGAGUUGCUUCAAUGCAACGAAAAUUCAGGCUAAGAAUGCAAAGCAGGCUAAACAGGGCCAGCUCAAUGCGUCCACAGUAGUUCCUUCACUUGCUAUUCAAUUUCCACGUCGCCAAGCUAACUCAAAGACAAAAAGUGUUCAAGAAUCCAGAGAAACAAAACCUUUAUCAGAAGUUAUGUCUUCUUCUACUACAUUGGAGAAAGAUGAGCAUUGUCAACUGAGUAAACUAAGGGAGUUUCACAUAGGUAACCAUUGGGUUCCAAAGCCAUGUUCUAAAGCUCCAUCACAGCCGCGCAGCGCUGCGAAGAAAGUGGAGAAACAAAGCAUUGUUGAUGACGGUGACAUGAUGUCUAGUAAUCCGGACAUCAAAGACAUUGAUUGUGAUCACAAGGAUCCCCAACUCUGCAGCCUCUAUGCUCAUGACAUCCAUAACAAUUUACGUGUUGCUGAGCUUGUUCGAAGGCCACCGUUUACUUACAUGGAAACAAUCCAGCGAGACGUAACUCAAAGCAUGAGAGGAGUUUUAGUUGAUUGGCUUGUGGAGGUAUCUGAAGAAUAUAAGCUGGUGCCGGAUACACUUUAUCUCACAGUGUACCUAAUAGAUUGGUUUCUGUCGCAAAAUUACCUUGAGAGACAGAGACUUCAACUACUUGGUAUUACUUGCAUGCUGAUUGCCUCCAAAUACGAAGAAAUUUGUGCCCCACGUGUGGAGGAAUUCUGCUUCAUUACUGAUAACACGUACACAAGGGGGGAGGUGCUCAAGAUGGAGAGCAUAGUGUUGAAAUGCUUCGGCUUUCAAUUAUUUAGUCCCACUACUAAAAGUUUCCUCAGGAGAUUUCUACGCGCGGCACAGGCUUCCUACAAGAGCCCUAGUUAUGAACUGGAGUACUUGGCUGAUUAUCUAGCAGAGCUAACAUUGGUUGACUGCAAUUUCUUGAAAUACCUUCCCUCAACCGUUGCUGCGUCUGCUGUAUUUCUCGCCCGAUGGACUCUAGAUCAGACGAGCCAUCCCUGGAAUCAAACUCUGGAAUACUACACAUCUUACAAGGCACCGGACAUUAAAGCCACAGUUCUUGCUUUACAAGACCUACAAUUGAACACCAUCGGGUGUCCUCUGAAUGCUAUACGGAUGAAGUACAGGCAGCAAAAGUUCAAAUCUGUGGCUACAUUGUCUUCGCCGAAACUGGUGAAACAUUAUUUUGAAGAUAAAUUUACUGGUCUACACUCUACACGGUUGCUAACACGAAACAUGACCCAAAUUCAGUUCCGGGACUUGGCAUUUCGAGCUUGAGGCUGUACCUGAUAUCUCUGCCUCAUUUUCUGAUCUUUAAUUCAUUUCUAAAAACUGUCUAUAUAUUUUUAUGGCAUCUAUUGGUUUCAGUACUUCUGACCUAUGUCUUUGUAAGGCUACAUUACCUGAAAUCAGGUGUGCCAUCCCAACUAAACUAGAAUUAGUCUUUAUCAAAUAUUUUUGUCAGAUUGUAAAGUUCGGAAGUGUAAACUCUUUUGAAUGUAAUUUGGCAGCAUAAAAGCAACUCUUGCAUAGUCAAGUUCUAUUUUUUUA